AUGGCCCCCCAGAGCUCCCGACCCACCGAGGCCACAGAGCUCCACCAGCUCCUGGGGCUGGCCUUCUGGCAGGGGGUGCCCCUGAGCCCCCGGCAGGUGGCCGAGGAUGUGUCCUUCGUGGAGGAGUACAGGUGGCUGGCCUACGUCCUCCUCCUGCUGCUGGAGCUGCUGGUCUGCCUCUUCACCCUCCUGGGCCUGGCCAAGCAGAGCAAGUGGCUGGUGAUCGUGAUGACGGUGAUGAGCCUGGUGGUCCUUGUCUUGAGCUGGGGCUCCCUGGGCCUGGAGGCAGCUACCGCUGUGGGCCUCAGCGACUUCUGCUCUAGUCCCGACACCUACAUCCUGAACCUGACGCAAGAGGAGACUGGGAUCGACUCAGACAUCCUGAGCUAUUAUUUCCUCUGCAACCAGGCCAUCUCCAGCCCCUUUCAACAGAGGCUGACCCUGUCCCAGCGAGCUCUGGCCAACAUCCACUCCCAGCUGCAGGGCCUGGAGCGGGAAGCUGUGCCCCAGUUCCCUUCCGCGCAGAAACCUCUGCUGUCCUUGGAGGAGACGUUGAAUGUGACGGAAGGAAACUUCCACCAGCUGGUGGCGCUACUGCACUGUCGAGGCUUGCACAAGGACUACAGCGCCGCCCUGCGGGGCCUGUGCGAAGACGCCCUCGAGGGCCUGCUCUUCCUGCUGCUCUUCUCCCUCCUGUCCGCGGGGGCCCUGGCCACCGCCCUCUGCAGCCUGCCCCGCGCCUGGGCCCUGUUUCCACCCAGUGAUGACUAUGAUGACACAGACGAUGACGAUCCUUUCAACCCUCAGGAAUCCAAGCGCUUCGUGCAGUGGCAGUCCUCUAUCUGAGCCUCUUCUCCACGCCAGACGGGAGCCUGUGCCCCCUCCCCGCUCCUUCCCGGGCUGCCGGAGAAGACCCCACUAACCCAGCCUGACGGGCCUCCCUCCGCUAACAACGGCCCUGGCCACGGACACCCCAGACAGGACCGCCUCCCCGGCCCGCCUCCUCCUCAUGCCCGUAGCCCGUAGCCCAGGAGAAGGCCAGGGCCCGGGGCUGGCCAGCCAGGGGCCCCUCCUCCUUGGCCACCAGGGGCCAGCCCUGAGGGACACGAGCACCCCCACCCCACCCGCCUCGGUGGGCGUAGGGCCUCUGAUCCCAACUCGCGGCACUAACUUGGGAAUGGGUUGAUUUGAAAUAAAAGGGAAGACUUUAUUUUACAA